AUGACAUCUAAAACGGAUCGCGCUUCCUUUUCUGGUUCAUCUACAGCCCUACUUGCUAUUCCAUAUUCAGUGACGCCUGGUGAAUCGCGUAAUUUUGAUCUAACUACGUCAUCGCAUGCUGGUUCAAAUGGUCCGAAUGCCGACCCAGCUUAUUUAUUUAGCCAAAUAAGAAGUACAGAAUGGAUUCAUCGUUAUGGACUUAAAUCCCAAAGAUUAACUUUUGAUCAAAUUCUUCAACAGAUUGGAUUCAAACGUGUUGAAAGUUUCGAUCCAGUCAGUGGUAAAACAGUGACAGCUAAAUAUGCUGGUAAUCUUUAUCAUGAAGUGCAGCACGACAACGGUGAUCGAUAUGUGUUGACAUGUCGACCUGAGAAAUUACGUGAAUUUCAUCAUCGUUUAACACGAAUGUUAAGUUUAUUACGGAAACGUGUAUUAUUCAUAACCAAUGGAUCACGUCGUCUAUUUGGAGUAAUCAGUGAGCCAACUGUGUGUCUUGUAUGCGAUUGUAAAACGUUAGAUCAUCGUGUAUUCAAUCAAUUUCAAGUUUCUCUAACGAAUUUAUUUAAAGAACAAAUCAGUAAAAUUAAAAAAUUUAACGUCAUUUGGAUUUCAAAUGAUAAUGAACAAUUUCGAGAACAACCUAUCGAUGUUAAUGCAACGAAUAUUGAUCAAGCAAUCGAUUGGAUUUGUGAUCGAAAAUGUCCACGAAAUAAAAUAUCUAUAGGCUCUACGUGCGAAGCCGUUCUUAAAGCAUUUGAUAAUAAUGUUGAAAGUGUUUAUUUGAUCAGUGAAGGUGAUUCAUCAGAUUUGGCUCGUGAAAUGUUACGCGACAAUAUAGUUAAAACACGUCUGUCAUCAACUUCUCCAAAGCCUCUUCAUGUUGUUUCAUUAUAUUGUCACAAUAAUGAUACACAGUUAUUUUUACGUUCACUUGCACAAAGUGCUGAGGGAAGUUAUUUUUGUUAUAAAAUCAAAAAUGAAGUAGCAGAUUUAAAACUUCCAUCGAAUCUAAGUGAUCCAACACGAAUUAAAUUACAAGGGGAUAAAUUGCAAAUGGGUACAAAUGUUUUAGCACCGCUGCCAGAGUAUCCAUUGGAUAUAACAUUGAUGUAUAAAGAAAUAGUUGAAUGUCAAAAUGUUAUCGAUCGACUAGAAAAAAUUCUUGGAUUUAUUCGUGAUGAAAAUCAAAGUUCAGCUAAAUCCAUUGAAGCAACGAAAUCUAUGGAUGCAUUCAAUACAUCUGGCGAUCAUAAUUUCCAACGUAGUCUGGUUGUUCAAUCAUCGGCUUUAUUUAGUAAUCAAGAAAAUGAUAUGUCAUCGGCAGAUUGGCUGAAAAUUCAUGGAAUAGAUGCACAAAAACUUGAUUUCUUUUCUGUUCUUCAAUCUGCAGCAUUUCGGCAUUGUGAUGGAGUCGUUACUCUACUAAAGCCACCAGAGGAUUCUCGUGAAAUAGCUGCUAGUGCACCAGCGAACUCUCAAGAUAAGCUGAUUAACGCAAUAUAUUGCGAUCAGUUUGCACAUGUCACUUGGCCAGAUGGAACUAUUCUCCAUGUUCAUGUUACACCGGAACUAUAUCGUGAUUAUGAAAGACGCAUAAAAACUUUACUUGAAAAACUCAAAGCAAGAUUAGCAUGGCUAAAGAAAGGCAGUCGUGAUGUAUUCGGCGCUAUUUUGGAAAAUAAUAUCUAUAUUUUAAUCGAUACAUCACAAAGCAUGCAACAUCAUUUAAGUUUUGUUAAAGAGAAACUUCGUUUACUUAUACAGGAUCAAUUGCAUGCUAAAGAACGUGUUAAUCUAGUUGCAUUUAAUUCUGCAAUUACUCCAUGGCGUGAUCGCUUAACAAAAAUCAACGACACAACAACAUAUUCUCAACUUCAACCAUGGAUCGAUGGACUUCACGCUGAAGGCUCAACCAAUACCUUAGCUGCGCUUCGUUUUGCACUUGCUGAUCCAACGACUGAGGCCAUUUAUCUUUUGACUGAUGGACGACCUGAUCAAAACGAACGACAUAUCCUUUCACAAGUUCAAUAUCGUCAAACAAUACCAAUACAUACAAUAGCAUUUAAUUGUAAUGAUCAAGCAGCAAAUCGAUUUCUGAUUGAUUUAGCUAAACAGACAGGCGGACGUUUUCAUACAUUUAGUUAUGGAUUUGAGGCACAAGCUGCAAUUGAAAUACCUGAGAGUGAAGAUGUUGGUGGUGUUAAAAAUGAAUUAAUACGUGGUGAAAAAGAAUUAGAACGGAUAGCUGGUCUACGUGAUGAAUGUUUGGGUAAAGCAUGGUCACAAGAGAAUUUACGAGGAAAACUUCCAAAAUCUAAAAGUCAACGAAUCCAUAAUAAUGACAAGCCGAUACCAUCUCAGCGGAGAAGUCAAAGUACACUUGAUAUUCCAAUUCGACCAAAUACUGCUUCAAUGUCACUUCGAACUACGAAAAAGAAACGUUCGGUAACAAAUAAAAAUCGUCAACGAAGAUCUAAGUCAGCAACUAAUCUAACAGCGCAUAGUGCUGUUAUUAACUAUAACAAUGAUCAAUGGCUUUUACCGGAAACAAAAGAAUAUUUGAAGGUCAACAAUGAGACAGAAGAAAUAAAGUCUGAUACAGAAAAUCAAGAUAAAGUAGAAAUUGAACGACCUAAAAGAAAACCGAUCCGAACUCCUUACAACGAAGUGAUAUCUUAUUUAAAACGGAAAAGUUUAGUUGUGCAAGGUUUAACAAUCUUCGAUGUGCUUUAUCCAACAUCAGUUACAGUCAAAGAUCCACAUCAUAUUCAAGUUAUAGAUCGUUAUGUACUUGCAAAAGUUUGGGAUGAUAUAUUACCAUUAACAUACGGAUCAUAUGUUGGUAAACUACGUUUAGUCAAUCAUUACGCUGUAGAUUUAGAAAAAUAUGAAGUUAAAUUAAAAGAACUUAUUGAUAAUUAUCAUAAAUUUACUACAGAUUUUAUUUGGAAACAUUUAAGUGAUGAUGAUAAACGAAAACUUGGUCCAUCUAUUCAUUGGGAUCGUUUAUCAAAAGAUGAACAAAAUAAAAUUACCCAAGAGAUAAGAACAGAAGAAUAUACUAGUCAAAGUGCAUUAGAAAAUUUUGCUUGGCGAAAGUUGACCGAACAAGAGCAGAAUGCUCUACUACAAGAACCUGUACCAUAUCAAGAUAAAAAUCAAACACUAGUAAAAGCAGCAUUAAAAGAAGCCGAAGCUGAAUCAGCAUUAAAAGGCAUUACUCGUAUGGAUGUCGAAAUUCAUCGGGCUAUCAAAUUCUUACAAAUAUCAACUGAUUUACGCCAAUUACAAAAACGAGCUGAUGCGGAUGCUAAACCAGCAGUAGAACAAAAACCAAAAAUUAAACAAAAAUCAUCACAACGCAAUUUUCAUCAACAUGUUAUUUGUCGGUUCGAUGCUGAUGGAUUUUUUCAUCCUGGAACUAUACAAAAGCAUCCAGAUGGCCGAGCAAUGAUUCGUUUUGACAUAGGUAUAGAACAAGAAGCAGUUGGACAUAUCCUACUGCCAACUAACGGUGCCAUUGCUCAACCGCAUUUAUAUGUAAAUGAUUGUGUUCUUGUCCGUCGAAUCAACGGUACUCAAGAAUAUUGGGCACCUGGUGUUGUUGCAGUUCUUCCAUCACCAACUGCUCAACCACCUCCAUUAUAUAUGGUACAAGUAUAUGCACCGUCGUUAUCAGCAGUACAUGUACAUCGUCGUGAUAUACUAAAAAUAAGUUUAGGUCUUUAUCAAAGAACAGUUUCAUAUCUUCAAAGUAUUCAUCGUAAACCUCAAUCACCCGCAGGUAGUAUUCCUAAAACACCAGACGAGCUGUCUUUCAAAGAUACCCUUCGUCGUGAACUUGAACCGUUAACAACUAAAGUUGAAAAUUUGGAUAAAUCCAACAAGAAACGUUAUGGUCAACUUAAAACAGCACUCGACGAUCAAAUAAAUGCAAUUAAAGAUUUACAGGAGAAAACAUCGAAUAAAGUAGCACGAUUGAAACGUGCUUCGCUAGUUUCAAUAUCAUUGGCAACAGAUCACGAUGAACCUGAUCCACCAAAAACGAUAUCAAGUCGACGUUCAUCAAUUGACUCAUCUAUUCAACCAAAUACGCAGGUCUUCGCUCUAUGGUUGGAAGACGAUCGUUUUGUUUAUGAGGGUAUUAUAUUAAAUAAGCUAAGCCAUUCCAAUAGUUAUACUGUCAAACGAAUUGGCUUACCUGGAGUUGAAAGUAUUAUUUCACGUGAAAAUAUAUUCCUACAAACAGACCUUAGAUGUUUAAAAACUUUACAUAGUCCAUCAUUUGCACUUAUUGAAUAUCCGAAAAACGGUCGUAAUUGUUGGAAACCUGCAGUAAUUCUACCUUCGGAUGAUAAAGAACCGCAAAAAUCUGUUCGUUUUUAUGAUGGCAUGGACGAUGCUAUAUCAAAUAGUAAAUAUGUAUUACCCAUCGACCGAGAUAAAUUUCAAGAGUAUGCACAAUAUCGUAUUGACUUCGAAAAAUCUCUUAUUGGUCAAGUUAUAGUUGGUUUAAAUCAAGAAAGAAAUAUAUUUAUGUUAGGCACAGUUAUUGACCGUGUUGUAUAUGGUCAUAAAUAUACUAUCCGAUGGUGUGAUGAAAAUCAAAGUCAACAAGACGAAGAAUAUUUAUAUGGCGCAUUCAUUCGGCCUAUUCGACAUCAGAUAAACGAUAUUGUUUUAGCUGUGGAUGAUCAGCAAUGUCUUUAUAAACUAGCUCGUGUUAUACAUAUUUUGAGUGAUAAGAAAAGCAUAAUUGUUCGCUGUAUUGAUGCCAAAGAAGAUAAUAGAGAUAUCGAGGUACCAGCUUCAACUACGUUUGUAAUCACGAUACCAGCUUUUGAAUCAAUUAUUGAAAAACAAAAAAACAACUUAAUCUGA